UUUUUCUGAUUGAGAGAUACGAAUUUAUUUAUCGCCUUCAACAAAAUCUACCAGUCUUGAAGUUUGAUGUUUCACAUUCAACUUCAUUGGAAUCUUGUAAAUUUAUUUUUCAUCUCAAAAUUAAAGUCGUGAAAGUGUACUGGAUUUUACACUGAAAUAUAUGAAAAAGAGAGUAAUUGCUUUUUCAUCGGCUGCUGGUAGUCAGGCAAGAAAUCAUUGGUCUUCCCGUUGGAAAGAUUAAAUAAGCUGAAGCUGUGCAAUGAUGAUAUUUUGAGAUUCUCCUUAUUUAGUUUGGUUAGAGAUUUAAGAUUCAAUUAUUUAUUUGAGAAGGUAUGAAGGAUAUUAUGGAUAAUUUUGGAGGGGCUCGUGUUCCAUUAAAGGGGUGGCAACGGGCAGCAGUGGUUGUAGGAUCAGCUCUUGGGGCCCUCAUGAAUCCAGCGAGAGCAGAUCUUAUUGCUGCUCUUGGUGAGACAACUGGCAAAGCAGCAUUUCAAAAUCUUCUUGAUCAGAUGAAGAGGAGUCAGGAGGGAAGAUUAAUUCUUGCAGAACGGCCUCGAGUGAUAUCUUCAGCUGUUGGUCAUGCAUGGGAUCUGCCACAAAAUACAUUUGGUGCAGCUUAUGCUAAAUUCAUGGGUUCCCGAAACUUCUCACCUGAUGAUCGUCCUCCUGUUCGUUUUAUGGACACUGAAGAGCUUGCAUACAUCGCAACACGAGCAAGGGAAAUUCAUGACUUUUGGCAUGUGCUGUUUAAUCUGCCCACGAAUAUGUUAGGAGAAUCAGCUCUUAAAGUUGUAGAAUUUCAGCAAAUGCAUCUGCCUAUGUGCCUUCUUUCCAUCAUUGGUGGUUCAAUAAGGUUAAAGGGAAAGCGGCGGGAAAUCUUUUUUAAGCAUUAUUUUCCAUGGGCAAUUAGAGCUGGGAUGAAUUGCACAGAUAUUAUGUCAAUAUAUUAUGAAAAACAUUUUGAUGAGGAUUUGGAAGUUGUGCGAAAAAAAUGGGGUAUCUUGCCUGCACCUGAUGUGAAGAAUUUGUAAUCUUUGUUGUAAUUCUGGUUUUCUAUAUAAUGAAUCAUUGCUUUAACUUGAAGGAAAAGCUGGCACGAUUCCUCUAGAUGGCUGUAAAGAACUUCCUAUGCUUGGAUAAAAUGGGGCAUUCUUCUACCACAUGUUAUGAUAUUUUAAAACUUUCAAAAAAUAUAGUCAUUAGUCA